AUGAGUUACCACUUUUUUGGCCUCUGUUGUGGCCGCCAGGGGGGCAGUAGCUUAGAUAUAGUGGUGAAUUCCCAGUCACCAAUAUAUAGGGACCAGCCUGGCAAGGAGGAAUAUGAAAGAGUGCUUGCAUUUGGUUUGACCGUGUAUGGGAUGGGCAAGGAAGGAAAAAUCAAGGGAGCCCAAUUCUGGGAGGAAGAGGAUUUUUGA